AUGAGCAGUAGCAGCAGGGAAGGAGGGGGACCGUCUAGAAGGCGGGAAUCCCGCUCUGGAUCGAGAAAGGUUUCCUCGUUAUCUGCCGAACAAUUAGAGCGCAAACGGGCCAUGGAUCGCGAGGCUCAACGAUCCAUUCGACAACGCACCAAGGAGCAUAUCGAACAGCUGGAACAACAGGUCGUUCUCUUGCGAACGCAGGUGGACAGCAUGCGGUCGCAAAAUCAGCAAUUUGACGAUAUCAUUCGACAGAAUGCGACCCUGCAAGACGAGAUUGCUCGGUUGAAAACCCAACUUUCGAGCCUCACGGGGCCUUCAAGUUUCACAAGCAACCCCGAGCAAACUGUGCCUCAGCGUAGUGGAUGGGAUGUUGCCGAAAGGUCUCAUGGAUCGGCAUCGGCAGCCGCAGUACCCACAUCGAAUACAAUCAUGUCGCCUCAAUUUCCUUCGUCAGCUCAUCAGCUCUCGACAAGAUUGCCUCGCCAACCAUCGAGUAUGUCUGUCUCCAGCCGCUCCCAUCCACAUGAAUGGCAGCAGUCGUAUUCAAGCACAAGAUCGUCAUCUAUUGGGGACUCUUCAGACCCCGAGUUCCCGCCUCGCAUGGAGGCCUACGCCCUGGAGGGACAUUUGCAGCAACCAGGUCCACGAAUGGCGGCACCUACUGCCCCUCUCGUAUCCUCCCAAAUGAAUUUCGGGGGCGCAGGCGCAGGCAGUAUGAAUCACUCUGGAGCAGACUCCUCUUUCGGCCAAGCAUAUCAGGUGGCCCAUCAUUCAGGGCCGGGAGCCGGAGGGGAUGGAGUACCCAACAUGUCAAGCUAUCACCCUGAUCAUCGGACAAUGCCUCUGUCCAUGGCGGGCAUGAAUGCUCCUUCUCAGGGUAAUCCCACACCUCCAUACCAGCCGGCCUCUGCCCCAUAUCGAACCCAGCAUGGCCCAGCUCAGCAGAGAGACCCGUCAUUUUCGUAUCCGUGGAACUCACAGUCGUGA